AUGGAGCCCCUGCGAGUCCUGGAGCUGUACAGUGGCAUAGGAGGCAUGCAUCAUGCUCUCAGAGAAAGUGGUGUACCUGCACAUGUGGUGGCUGCCAUUGAUGUAAACACUGUUGCUAAUGAAGUUUACAAGUAUAAUUUUCCUCACACACCAAUAAUGGCCAAGACAAUUGAAGGCAUUACACUAGAAGAGUUCGACAGAUUAUCUUUCAAUAUGAUUUUAAUGAGCCCUCCAUGCCAACCAUUUACAAGGAUUGGACUACAGGGCGACAAGACUGAUCCAAGGACGAAUAGCUUCUUAUAUAUUCUAGAUAUUCUCCCAAGAUUGCAAAAAUUGCCAAAGUAUAUUGUUUUAGAAAAUGUCAAAGGUUUUGAAGUAUCUUCAACAAGAGACCUGUUGAUACAAACAGUAGUAAACUGUGGCUUUCAGUACCAAGAAUUUCUAUUAUCUCCAACCUCUCUUGGCAUUCCAAAUUCCAGGCUGCGUUAUUUCCUUAUUGCAAAGCUUCAAUCAGAGCCUUUACCUUUUCAAGUCCCUGGACAGAUAUUCAUGGAGUUUCCCAAAAUUGAACCUGAAAAUUCACAAAAAUGUGAAAUAGAUAUGGAAGAGAAAAUUGAAGAAAAGGAAAUGGAAAAAAAUAGUUGCCGGGAUGAUAAUACACAGUGUUCUGGAAAAGAGGCCAUACUUUUUAAGCUCGAGACCACAAGAGAACUAGACCGGAAGCAGCAACAGGACAGUGAUCUUUCUGUUCAAAUGCUAGAAGAUUUUCUUGAACAUGACAUUGAUGUAAAUAAGUAUUUUUUGCCACCAAAGUUAUUGCAACGAUAUGCUCUUUUGUUAGAUAUUGUUAGGCCCAGUUGCAGGAGAUCCAUGUGCUUUACAAAAGGUUAUGGGAACUAUGUAGAAGGUACAGGCUCUGUGCUACAAACUGCAGAAGAUGUGCAGAUUGAGGAUAUCUACAAAUCUCUUAGCAAUUUGUCAGAAGAAGACAAGAUAAAAAAGUUGUUAAUGCUUAAAAUGCGGUAUUUUACUCCUAAAGAAAUAGCAAAUCUUCUUGGAUUUCCUCCAGCAUUCGGAUUUCCUGAGAAGAUAACAAUGAAGCAGAGUUAUCACCUACUUGGAAAUAGUCUCAAUGUACAUAUAGUAGCCAAACUAAUAAAGAUCCUGUGUGAAUAA